CCCCGCGGUGGGUGAGGACUCGGAAAGGGAGCCCAGCGAGCCCCCCCGUGGUGACAGUUUCUAGAAGCCCGUCCCGGCGUCCUUUGCGGUCUCAACAUGGAGGAGCUGACCGUGGAAGUGCGCGGCUCCAACGGGGCCUUCUACAAGGGAUUUAUCAAAGAUGUCCAUGAGGAUUCACUCACAGUUGUAUUUGAAAACAAUUGGCAACCAGAGCGCCAGGUUCCUUUUAAUGAAGUCAGAUUACCACCUCCACCUGAUAUCAAGAAAGAAAUAGGAGAAGGAGAUGAAGUGGAGGUUUACUCAAGAGCAAAUGACCAAGAACCUUGUGGCUGGUGGCUGGCAAAAGUUCGAAUGAUGAAAGGAGAGUUUUAUGUCAUUGAGUAUGCUGCUUGUGAUGCCACGUACAACGAAAUAGUCACAUUUGAACGACUUCGACCCGUGAAUCAAAAUAAAACUGUCAAAAAGAACACAUUCUUUAAGUGCACAGUGGAUGUUCCUGAAGAUCUGAGAGAUGCGUGCGCUAAUGAAAAUGCACAUAAGGAUUUUAAGAAAGCUGUAGGAGCUUGUCGAAUUUUCUACCAUACUGAAACUAUGCAGUUAAUAAUACUGUCUGCCAGCGAAUCAACAGUGAAGAGAGUAAAUAUAUUGAGUGACAUGCAUUUGCGCAGCAUUCGUACCAAGCUAAUGCUCAUGUCAAGAAAUGAAGAAGCCACAAAACACUUAGAAUGCACAAAACAACUUGCAGCAGCAUUUCAUGAGGAAUUUGUUGUAAGAGAAGAUUUAAUGGGACUUGCAAUAGGAACACAUGGUAGUAACAUACAGCAAGCGAGGAAAGUUCCAGGAGUAACUGCAAUUGAACUUGAGGAAGAUACUGGUACUUUCAGGAUCUAUGGAGAGAGUGCUGAUGCAGUAAAAAAAGCUAGAAGUUACUUGGAAUUUGUGGAAGAUUUUAUUCAGGUUCCCAGAAAUCUUGUUGGAAAAGUUAUUGGAAAAAAUGGAAAAGUGAUUCAGGAGAUUGUAGACAAGUCUGGAGUCGUCCGGGUGAGAAUUGAAGGGGACAAUGAAAACAAACUGCCCAGGGAAGAUGGGAUGGUCCCAUUCGUAUUUGUUGGCACUAAAGAAAACAUUGGAAAUGUCCAAGUUCUUUUAGAAUACCAUAUUGCCUAUCUGAAGGAAGUGGAACAGCUAAGGAUGGAGAGGCUCCAGAUUGAUGAACAACUGCGUCAGAUUGGUAUGGGUUUCAGACCUUCUUCCACCAGAGGUCCUGAAAAAGAAAAGGGGUACACUACUGAUGAGAGUACUCUCUCCUCAGUACAAGGGUCCAGGUCAUACAGUGGAAGAGGGAGAGGUCGCAGAGGCCCCAAUUAUACGUCUGGUUAUGGUACAAACUCUGAGCUGUCUAAUCCCUCUGAAACGGAAUCCGAGAGAAAAGAUGAACUGAGCGAUUGGUCACUGGCAGGAGAAGAUGACCGGGAGAGCCGACAUCAGCGGGACAGCAGAAGACGUUCUGGAGGAAGAGGGCGUAGUGUUUCUGGGGGUCGUGGACGUGGUGGACCACGUGGUGGGAAGUCAUCCAUUAGCUCUGUGCUUAAAGAUCCGGACAGCAACCCUUACAGCUUACUUGAUAACACAGAGUCAGACCAGACUGUGGACACUGAUGCCAGUGAAUCUCAUCACAGUACUAACCGUCGUAGGCGGUCACGCAGGCGAAGGACUGAUGAAGAUGCUGUUCUGAUGGAUGGAAUGACGGAAUCUGACACUGCUUCUGUUAAUGAGAAUGGCUUAGAUGAUAGUGACAAAAAACCCCAGCGACGCAAUCGUAGCCGCAGGCGUCGCUUCAGGGGUCAGGCAGAAGAUAGACAGCCAGGUAACUCGAGUGGAGCUAUGGUCACAGUAGCUGAUUACAUAUCACGAGCUGAAUCUCAGAGUAGACAAAGAAACCUCCCAAGGGAAACACUGGCCAAAAACAAGAAUGAAAUGGCAAAAGAUGUGAUUGAAGAACAUGGCCCUUCAGAAAAAGCAAUAAAUGGCCCUGCUAAUGCUUCUGGGGAUGAACCUUCUAAGCCACUGCCUAGUCCUGAAGAAGAGAAGUCAAGUACUAUACAAGAAGAAGAAAAUAAUCAGGAAGAAGCAGUGCUUAAUGGUGUUUCAUAAACUGAAGUUCCUAGUUUACAGUUUUUACAUUACAUUUUACAAUAGUGCUUGUAUAAGCUUGCCAAAGAUAGAAUAUGGAUCGCCAGUCUUGACACCGCACUUUCAGUUCCUCCAUUUUGGAAUUCAGAAAGGGGAGGGAUCCUGAAGAAAUCAUAUGUUAAACAUACUUUGACACCUACUGUGUUAUAAAUAUAUCAUCAGAUGUGCCUUGAGAUAGUAUAUGUAACAUUUAAAUAAACAAAAACUUGCUGGCUAUAGGAAAUGUUAUUUUGUUUUCAAAAUAUGGCAAAGAUGUGGGGGGAAUCCCUAAUGUAAUAUUCUUUAUGAAAGCAUUAGCUGCUUUUGUUACAUUUUUAAUAAUAUGCAACCACUUCUUCACCUGAGGAAAACUAGAAAGAAAUGCAGUCUAAAAUAUUUUGCACUGAAUUGUAAUUUCUCCAUUAGUUUAGUCUGGAAACUGGUCUGUUUUAAUACAUGUUUUUUAAAUGCUGUAUGUAGAGGAAAAAAACUGCAGACCACUGGAAUACAUUUGUUAAAUUCUCAUAAUCUGCAGGGAUAUUGGGUGACAUUGGCAGUGACUGUUCUACUUUGAGGCUUUGUUUGGUUUAUUUAUUAAACUGUACAGUAUUUAAAAAUCAAACAUAGCUUUAGUUAAAACACUAAGCUGAAUUAGUCAUGUCCAUUAAGACAUAACCUGAACUACUGAAAAGAUCAAUUUCCAGAAAGUUUAUUCUGUAUAAACUACAUAUGUUAGUCCUUAGUAGAGUAUUUUAUUUUGGUUGUUUGAUGUGCAAUAUGUUUUUGUAUGCUGGUAGAAAAAAAUAAACUUUGAUCUUCCAUUG